AUGGCGUGCCUGAACCCUGUUUGGCCCGGAGCUGGUGGCGCUUGCUGGGAGCUGUGGAAGUGUAGCCCGUGUUGCGGAGACCCUUGCAACUUCAACGACGGCCUCUACUGCUGCUUCACGUGGUACUGCUGUACGCCCUGCAACCUCUCCAAGCUGUGGGCGCACACCCUGGAGCAGGACUGCCAGUUCAUCAACCACUUCAUCCCCACCUUCCUCUUCAGCUGCAUCGUGGGUCCCAUCGUCCGCCACAACCUCCGUCUGAAGGCGGGCGUGGGCGAAGACGAUGCCGCCAACUGGAUCGGCGACUUCUUCUGUGCCUGGUGUUGUGGCAUCUGCACGGUGGCGCAAUUCAUGAGGACCACCAGCAAGAGCGAUUGGGACUCGCUCAACGACCUGUCCGAGCACGGCCUUCGCAUCUACGUUGAACCCAUCAAGAUGGUCAAGCCCUAG